UAUUAUAUUGAAACAACAGGCGCACAAAAGCACCUGCAACGCACCUCAUGCAUACUUGAAAAAAUCCAAUGAUUUUAUAGAUCUUGAGAAUUUCCUGCACCAUAUCAACGGAUCAUCUCCUAACCUUUGUGAGUCUCAAUGUUUACUUGUUUGGUUCAUAUCGAAAAUUCUGUCGUAUUAUUUGCUAACUUUAUUCUAAGCAAGGGGGCGUUCUGCCUGAAUAAACACUGUAAACCACGAGCCAGACAGGUACUGGCUACAUCUAUUAACUUAGCUGCAACUUCCUUAAUAGCUGACGUCAGACCACAGGACCAGCGUGUGCCCCUGCGUGUGUGUUGUUGUGGGAGGGGACGCAGAGUACCCAGUGCGCAUGAUUCUUCAGUUGGAGCCGCAGCAGCGGAGCUGUGGUCAAAGAAAUCGAAACAGCACGAGACAUGGCUAGAGAUGGAGGGAUACAACCAGACUGCGACCACAGCUGCUGAUGCUCCAGUAAGAGAAGGGGGGGCUUAAAUUUAUAUUAAUAAGGAUUAAAAAUAAAUAAAAUAAACAUUUAAAAGCCACUUAAAAGAAAGAAAAAAAACGUUAAAAUAAUGAAAUAAAAACAGAAAUCAAAUUUUUAAAAAGAAAAGAAAAACGGAACACGAGAAAUUUUGCUUGUUAAAUUUGAAGACUUUUUUGGACUUUUCCCAGACAGAUCAGAUAGAUGUUUUGUUCACAAGAUUGCACGUAUAAUGAAUGCUCAGCUGUCGAUGGAGAAUAUUGGCGAUCUACACGGAGUGAGCCAUGAGCAGGUGCCCACCACGGCUGACCUGAUGAGCAGCAGCAGCCCUCAUCACAGGAGCACGGUGACCCAUCGCAGCAACCACUUGUCAGCCCACGCGCGUUCUAUGGGCAUGGCAUCAAUCCUAGACAGCGGCGACUAUCAUCAACAUCGACCACCGGACCACGGUCUGGCCGGUCACCUACACCCGGCUAUGUCCAUGGCUUGCGAGGCUCCUCCAGGCAUGAGCAUGAGUAGCACGUACACUACGCUGACCCCCCUGCAGCCGUUACCUCCUAUCUCGACAGUCUCGGACAAGUUUCCCCAUCACCAUCACCACCAUCACCACCAUCAUCACCCCCACCAGCGGAUCCCUGGCAACGUGAGCGGCAGCUUCACUCUCAUGAGGGACGAAAGAGGUCUGGCGCCUAUGAACAAUCUCUAUGCUCCAUACCACAAGGAUGUUACCGGUAUGGGGCAAAGCCUGUCCCCAUUGUCAGGAUCCGGGCUUGGUGGUAUACACAACUCCCAGCAGGGGCUGCCGCCUUACGCACACCCGGGUGCCGCUAUGCCGACAGAGAAAAUGCUGACGCCCAAUGGAUUUGAAGCCCACCAUCCUGCCAUGCUGGCCAGGCAUGGGGAUCAACAUAUGACCGCGUCCUCUGCGAGUAUGGUCCAGAUUAACGGGAUUCACCAUCACCCUCAUGCCCACUUGAACACCCAGGGCCACGGCCAAGUACUAGGCUCACCCCGAGAACAAAAUCCAUCUUCAAUGCCGGGAUCGCAGGUCAACAACGGAGGCAAUUCAGGGCAAAUGGAAGAAGUCAAUACCAAAGAAGUAGCCCAGAGGAUCACCACUGAGCUUAAAAGGUACAGCAUCCCCCAGGCCAUUUUUGCCCAGAGGGUGCUGUGCCGAUCGCAAGGGACCCUAUCUGAUCUGUUAAGGAACCCCAAACCUUGGAGCAAGCUGAAGUCCGGUCGUGAGACUUUCCGUAGAAUGUGGAAAUGGCUGCAGGAGCCUGAAUUCCAGAGGAUGUCUGCUCUCCGGCUCGCAGCAUGUAAGAGGAAGGAACAAGAGCACGGCAAAGGAGAGAGAGGGAGCAUCUCCAAGAAGCCACGGCUGGUCUUCACAGAUGUCCAGCGCCGGACUCUGCACGCAAUAUUCAAGGAGAACAAGCGCCCAUCCAAAGAAUUGCAGCUCACCAUCUCACAGCAGCUGGGUCUGGAGCUCACCACCGUCAGCAACUUCUUCAUGAAUGCACGGAGGCGGAGCCUGGACAAGUGGCUGGACGACGGGAGCUCAAACUCGGCCAACUCCUCAUCCUCAUCAAGCACUUGUACCAAAGCAUGAAGGAAUAAUGGCCGCUUACUGAAACCUCGGUGGAAAAGCUUUAAAAAUAGAGAAAUACAAAGAAACCUAACAAAGACAAGGACCUCUAGACAGCAGUUUUAUCCUUAAAAAAAACCUGUUUGAGAGAAAAAUGACGACACUAAUAUUUAUAGUAUACAAAGAAAAACCAAAGACUUCUUUCACCUUCAUUAAAGACUUUGUUCUGCAACACAUUUAAGUCAGACAUUUUGCAAAAAAAAGACGAAAAAAGAAAAAAGUUACAAAAACUCCUGAUUCACUGGUUGUACACCUUUAGCUCUCAACCUUCUUCACCCCCCCCCACCCCACCUUCACCCCCACCACCCUUGUCAUUGUUACUCAGCGUGAUUGGAGGUUUACAGCAUAGUAGAUUUUUGUCCCUGAAUGGAUGUUAUAUCAACUUGUGAGCCAUUAUGUUUAUGUUACUAAUCCAUAAAAGGUGUAUGAUGUUGAGAGGAGAAAAACACUGUGCACAGAACAGUGGGAGGAGGUCCUGUAGGACAGUCCUACGGAAGGAUUGUGCAGAGGCAUGACUGGAAUGUAGUGGAGUCAUUUGGGUUCUCCCUGACUAUUUACAUUUCCUGUCUGUUGAGCACUCAGAUAAGCUGGGAGAAUCCCAGUUUUGAGGGUUGAAUCUUGCCGAAUAUUGUCUUGAAUGUCACCGACAUGGUAGUGCUUUCUUCCUAAUUGUUGGAGAAAUAUCCAAGAAAACCAAAAAGAAAACCUAAAACCAAAAAGAGGCACUCCCACUCCCCACCCCACCCCAUACACAUUUAACAUCUUUUAUCACACCAAAUAAUAUAGCAUACCAAAGAAAAAAUAAGAUAUAUUUAUAGAAGAUCCUAAGUAACAUUUUUUUUAACUUUUUUUUACUUUCCUUUUUCAAUAUAUAAAAUUUCAUGUGACAACAGAUUUUUCGUCAACCUGAAUAAUUUCACAAAGCUUUAUGUUCUCGUUCCCCAAGAUGUUAGAAAGCUACUAAAAUUACAACAAACCGAAGUAUGUAGUCUCGAUUUAACAUCAACUUCAGAUGAUGCCUCAGGUAUUUUAAAGGCCCCCUGCAAGUAUAAUUUUAUAUUUCUCAGAUUAAUGGGAAUGCAAAUAUAGGUUUAUACAUUUCCAUAUUUUAGGUUUAUUACUAAAAUAUGGAAAUGCCUAUCUAGAUUCAGCAUCAAAAACAAAUCUGGAGAAUUAGGUCCAAUGAGCAUGCUUUAAAGUUGUAAAUCUGCAGCUGUUUUAGAGUGCACUUAUCAUGCACACUUCAUAUUGAAAUCACUGGGACAACGCAGGUAAUGCCAGAAGAUGAUAGUUAAAUACAUUUUCUAGCAAGAUUAUUUGUCAUUCAAUAGCUAAUAGCCAAAUAGCACAAACUUGCUAUAUUUCUGAAAGGCCCAAACUGACAUCAGAAUAGUUAUAAUUGCUUAUAAAAUCUAACAAGCAUAUUUGUGGAGACAAUUGCUUGUUUCAUUACAUAUUUGUUCAGCUCAUUCAAUGGUAUUAUUGCAAGGGGAAUAAAUAACUUAAUAUGGUGCUUAUCAGUAAGCAGAAACUGUUUAAAACUCCAGUUUUUCCACUUCAUAUGUUAGGCUUCUAAGGGUUUGAUCUACUAUGGUGAUUAUAUUGACAAGACUGGCCUAAGGCUCUGUGAAGGAACUGCUAAUUUGACACACCUAUCAGCUGUCAAUCAAUGUCCGCAAAUUAAUAAUAUGAGGAAGUAGCUUAUUCCACCCUUGUUCUUUUUCAGAUAAGUUGUGCUUUUACAUUACAUGUGGGUUUUAUUGCAACAAAGCAACACACUGCAUUGAUCAGAUUGUUGUUACGCACACUUAAAGUAUUAAUUCACAACAUGGGGCCUGUACCUGUUAAUAUGGCCAAUUCCUUUUGAUAUAUUUAUCAAUAUUUUUGUAUUUUGACAAGCAAAUGUUUUUUCAGUAACCAAAGGAAUUAAAAUACCACCAGAAAGAAUAAGUCAAUUUUCUGCCCCUUCUGUGGGGACCUAUAAGCCUUUUAUAUUACUGCAGUUUUUCAUAUGUCGUUGUUGUAUUUCUUAUUCCUGUUAUUUAGGAUAUUUGAUGUUUUCAGGGAGAGCAACGGCACUAUGUUAACUUUAAAAAACUGUAGCAAAUGCUUUAAAAUGCCAGCUGCUAAGAACCAAAGAUUGAAUAUCAUUGACCAGCAUUUUGUGUGCAUUUUUGGCUUUGGAUUUUCCUUUUGGUUUUUCUCAAGUCAGGACCUAAAUACUGUUCUAUUGCAUGUCAGAGGUCUCUCAUAUUCAGGCCACAUUGUAGGCUAUUUCAUUGACAACUUAAAACUUUUAUUCAACAUACAUAACGAACACUUGAAAUGAUGUCUUUAAGAGACCAAACAACAUAUGUCAUGUACAUUGUUACAUUGCAUCCAAAGUUUAAGCUGUGUAGCAUGCCUUAUUCUUAGACUAGCAUAAGAACUGUUGAGCUGAUAAAGGCUGAAGCAUACAAUUGAAAUGCUUAGGGUUUCCUGGCAUUUCUACCUGCUUAGUGUGACUUCUCAGUCUCAACAGUCUUAACUAGACUAGAUACAUCCCCUUGCAACUUCUUGUGCCAUGGAAACAGUUACAGUGGCAACAUCCGACUAAGCAGAUCAGGGGUCGUGGUCAGAACAGUGUUGGUCCGCUCACCAGGCUCUCUGGAGCUCUCUGAACCCAAAGAUUUCUGAUUUAACUUGAUGUUGUAGUGUUUCAGAGCAUCACAUGACUCUGUCCCAUUUCCUCCCCCACCUCCCUGGCCCUGUACUUUGCGAGAUGACGGCGGUGUCUCUGUAGAUGCCGUAUUAGUGCCAUGUGGCUAAAAGGAUUGUUUUGUAAAUAUCCAAAUAUCAAAGUGCAUUCAAACGCCUACUGUCAAACUCAGUUCAGCAAGUCAGCAUUUGCAGGAGCUGUCCCAUUCACCUGCAACUCAAUCAAAAUGAAGACAAACACUACCUGAUUUGUAAUUCACAUUUUCCAUCAUUCACUAAAGCUGCCACUUGGGAGAGCGAAUGGAAACUAUGCAUUUCACAACUGGGAAGAAAGCACUACAGAGGCCUGCCCCAACAGGCCAGGUGCAUUCACUGCAGAGAGGCCUGCUGACGGAGUGGUAGUCCACAUUGUUGCCACAUUUCUAGCCUUGUGUUGUGGUAGCUUUAAAAUACAGACAUAUACACACAGACACACAUACAUGUGUGUGUCUGUGUGUGUGAGUAUGUGUUACAGACUGGUUUUACAACAACGGUGAACAGUUUGGAAACAGCUGCUUCCACACAUAAAAGGCGGAAAAAGGAAAAAAAUGUGUAAAGAUCUACUACUCUUGAUGGUGUGAACCAAAGACGCUACCUCACUAGAUUUCCAUUUGUGAUUUUAAUCACAUUGAUGAUACCAAAGAUUACCAAAGAUUUUUUGUCUUGCACGGCCUACAUAAAUGAUGUGGUGGAUAGCUGGUGUUGUCCCCCCCUCGGUCCCCAUCCCCCUGCCUGGCCUUUUCCCCUCCCCUCCUCUGCUCUGCCCCUUUUUUGCUCAGCGUAACCUUUCUUCAUUAGUAAUCUAAUAAGAGAAGCUAUAGGCAAAACAUGUUGCAAACCUUUGUUAGAAAAAAGAAAAAAAAAACUCACAGGACGAGUGCCUUGCUUGAACCAAAGUGUUAAACCGCUGUCGACCUCUUUGAUCUCACCUUUUACUCUUUGAAUACCUCAGCCUCUUGAGGGGCCACUAUUGAAGAAAAAGGAAUAAUUCUCUCACCGUGGUGCUUUUGCCAGUACAACCAUGCAAUGAAAACAUACCAAAGGAAUUUCUUUUUUUCCACUUUUUCACUGACAAAACCAAAGCUAAAUCCCUCCCCUCCCCGACCCUAGCUCUGUCCCACCCCUGAUCCACCCCCCCAAAACCCCCUUCCCAUGUCUGUCAUCUAUAGGAGUGUCCACCCUACAGGUCGUGCAUCUCUUGUACCAAUGUCUCUGAAUACCUCAUAGUAAUAAAUCUUUAGGGUUAUGUUGUAUAGAGAGUCUAUGUGAUUAAGGCAGAACUUAACUAGUUUGGUAAAUGUUAACGUUACUUUGAAAAAAGCUUUAUAAUUUAUGUUGAACGUUUCACAGAACGGCUCUGUUUUGGUCACAGACGUGUUUUAACGAUCACGAUGGAAGCUUAAAAGGGGGGAAGAAAAAAGACUUUUAUUUUUUUUAUUAAGAUAUUGCGUUCCAAUAUUACAAAGGUAGACUCUUUUUUACAGGGUAAAACCAACUGCUGUGAUAAUGAGUUUGAGUUUGUUUUUUUCUUUGUUCUGGUCUGUGUUGUUUUUCGAUUUAAUUUAAUUGCCUUUUGUAUUACUUAAUCACUACUUAAUUUAUGCAUUUGUAGAAAAUAUAGAUUUGUAUAUAGUAGGUUUUGAAAAAAACAAAAAAAUGUUUUAUGUUACAGCCUAAUUUUCUCAUGCUUAGAUAUGAUGGAGGAGUAGAAACUUUUUUAUUUUUUACUCUUCUUCACACGUAUCCUAGCAGGCAUGUCAAUUUGUGAUCUAAACACUGCCAGGUGCCAUUGAGUGCAAGGUUUCAAAAGGGGUUACUUUGCAAUUCAGGUGGCAAAAAAGCAGUGUACUGUAUGUGUUAUUUCAUUUUAUUUUUGGACUGUUUAAAAAUGGUUAUUUUAUGGGUAAUACUGCACAUCCAAAGAUUUAUAAAAACAAACCAAAAAGACAAAAAAGGAACAAAAAAACGUAAUGUUGAAAAGCACUGGCAUUUGUGAGGUAGAACUGUUGAGUUUUAAUUUGCCAUUCGCACGGGUAUAGAGCAUAGGGGACGUAGGAUUGCGUAGACAAGCUAACUGGACCAUCUGGGAUAUCCUGACAAAACGUACAAUCUGGAGCUGUUAAAACAAGGGCUGCAAGUCCUCACUUUGCUGUCUCAUGCACGGAGUGAGAUGGAGCCUAGGCUAGGCAGCGGGUCUGCCAGGAGCGGCGCCACAUUGCUGGGUAUGUUUUUUCAUUCGUGUGGCACGGCUGCCUAGCUCCAUCUAGUAUCUGUUACUUUGGUGCGUACUCAUGUAAUGACAAUGGGCAAAGUCUAAUAAAUCUACAAAGAAACUUACCGAGGAAUCAUUGUGUAUGUGUGUAGGAGGCUGCGCUGUGUAGCUGAAUUGCUUUUGGGUUUUUUUCAUUACCUGCCUCCGAGUGUGCAUGUGCUCGUCUGUGUGACGUGCGAGUGUGUCUGUCUGUCCCUGUGGGCUUGUGUGUGUGCACUGGUAGUAAGAAGCUGUUGUUUUAGAAUGGCUUUUGCUUUAGCUACCAGAGCAUUCAAUUGAAUCAACUGAGGAUUGGUCUUCACAACAGAAAGUACAGAAAUAUGCAGUGGCUCCAGGUGCUCAUGCUCUUAGUCUUUGUAUUUCUACAACAAAAUACAAUCAAAAAUAUUAUUCAAUUAGCAAUCUGAAUGGGUAUUUAUUUAUGAAUGUGGUGACUCAAUGGAAUGGUAUGUUGGAAGUCCCAUGUUAUCUCAACAGCCGACAGUGGUGGUUUUAUGUCUUAUCUAAGAGUAGUGCACUUUAAAGGAAAAUAUUAUUUUAAAAGCUCUGAAUAAACAAAACACUCCUGAUAUCAUUAUUAAGAACCCAUUAAUGCGAGCCUCUAUUCAAUGGUAUUCAAUGAUUAUGAGACUUGGAUCAGGGAUAGAGCUCCAAUAAAUUGUGUACAUUCUUGAGAAAGAAACAAGAAUUACAAUGAAGUGACAAUGAAAAGACAGUAAAAAAUGAGCCAUAAUAGCCUUUUUCAGGCAUUGGGCCAGUGGUAUUGCAAUUGUCUGGAAGAAUGUGUUUCUUUUUACUACUUAACAUGAAUCAAAUAUUUUUAAGUAUCUGGCCCUGGAUCUUGCAAUUCAAAAGCUAUUUACCAACAGUAAAUUCUUGUUCUAUCAAUGGCAGAUGAAGACCACAUUUUCAGUUUCUGAUAUACUACAGCUGUGUUUGUGUGUUUGUGUCUUUGACUGUAGCAUUAAGUUGACCAGUGCUUAAUUAAUAUUAUAAACCCCCAAUACGCAUAUUCCUCUUAAGAGCAUAACAUUGCUGCGGGUAAUAGGGAGUUCCCAUUUGGACGGUAGCUUGGCUACGGGUAACUUAACUGACAGCGCCAAAGACAAUCAUCUGGAAAACAAACAAAAUGGGUGCAUUUUGAUUCUGUUCUUAGAAGGAGUUCUUCUAGCAGUGGAAAAUAUAAAGAUGCUUGGAAAGUUUUGAUAAAUGAAAAAAAUAAUAAAAACUUGCUGACAUUUCUCAGAUUAGAUUCCAGUAGUCCCUGCAUUUGCAUUUCAAACUGAGUGACUCUUGUAUGAAACGUUUAUGGUUUACCAAUUUGAUUUUUUGCUGUCUCUUUCUCUCACUCUCUUUCUCUUUCUCUCUCACUCUCAUUUUCCAGCACUUCUUAUAUGUAUUUUUGUGUGUAGCGAAAGUCACAGGUAAUGCAAUAGGCGUUACUCCCAGGUUUGUAUUUAUUUUGUAAUGCCUCAUGUUUUCUUCCUGUAACCUUAAUUUAAAUGAUCUGAUUUGUUUCCAUUUCCUGCCAGCUUUGCUACUGUUCUCUCUAUGCCGUGCAAUAUCAUUCGCUGUGUUUGCUAAGCAAAAAAAAAAAAGUUCAAUAAAAAAAGGAAAAGUGAUGUCAUGCUUUUUUUCAGUGUUAAAAUGUUUCAGCAUUUCUGUAGUCACAAAAAAAUGUAGAAAAUAAAAUGUUGGGUUUUCCAGCACUUUAAAUCUAGGCUCGGUCUUGUCAUUGUAUGUCACUCCCAAUUAUUUGUCUUACAGGUACAGACUUAUUCAAAUGUUAUUUUAAGCCUGUUGGGCAGAGUAUAUAUGCUGUAAUUAUUUUAUGUUUUUAAUUUGGCAUGCCUAAUUCCAUCCUUAAAUUAGAACAUCCAAUUAGCUAAUUAAAGCUGUGUUCAUGCUGCAAUCCCUGCGGUCAGUAACGUAGACAUCCAUGGUUCUCUUCCAAAACAUGUGGUGUCACCGCCCUGCUUCAUUUCACACUGGAGCCUACAGACCAAGCUUGUAACGAACUGAGUAAGAUGGAAGAGGAAGAUACUUCCUCUGCAAAGCAGACCCCAGGCAACUGACCAACCAACAGAUUUCAUAUGAGAUACGGACCCCUGAGCCCUCCCAUCACGAAGGGGCCCAAUCACCAAUUUUGCGUUGCCCUGCAUUAAGUGACAACAGGCCUCGUCCAUGCACCAGAAUAGUGCUGUACCCAGCUGAGCCACCUUCUGUAUCAGUCUUCUUACAUACAUUACAAGAAGGCAAAUCUUCAUGAUUCAGCAUACAAUUGCAUCCUAACAGUUUGGGGAAGGCCCUUUCCUGUUUCAGCAUGACAAUGCCCCCAGGCACACAGUGAGGUCCAUACAGAAAUGUUUUUUUUUUUGAGAACGGUGUGGAUGAACUUGACUGGCCUGCACAAAGCCCCUGACCUCAACCCCAUCCAACAGCUUUGGGAUCAACAGGAAAGCCAACUAUGAGCCAGGCCUAAUCGCCCAAUCAGUGCUCGACCUCACUAAUGCUCUUCUGGAUGAAUAGAAGCAAAUCCCUGCAGCAAUGCUCAACAUCUAGUAUAAAGCCUUCCAAGAAGAGUGGAGGUUGUUAUAGCAGCAAAGGGUGGACAAACUCCAUAUUAAUAUUAGCCCAUAAUUUUGGAUAAGAUGUUGGAUGCCAGGUGUCCAUAUACUUUUGGCCAUGUAGUGUAUGUGCACAGAAGUGGCUGUUGAAAAUUACAAAAAAAUAGGGACCUGGGAUUUCACACAAAAAUGUUCCUAUAAAGGGAGCAAGGAUGCGUG